AUGGAUCUCGCAAUCACCCUCGUCAAGUCCGUUAUGAGGGCGUUCUACCAGACGCGCGACAUACUUGUCGUUGAUGCGCUAAUCCUUCAUGAGGCGCUUCGAGACGACGAUUUGGCAUACCUGAUGUCCAUCAACACAAAGGAUCUUCACAAAAUUUGCGGCAAGCUGCGCGAAGAUAGAUUUCUGGUUGUACAUACACGAUCAGAGUUACGAGAAGGCAAUCCAAGACCGAGCAAUCGAACAUGGUAUUACAUCGACUACCGCAGCACAAUCGAUGCUAUCAAAUGGCGUGUUUACACUAUCGACAAAGAAGUGCAGGGUACUACACAAGUUGCGAGUGAAAAGAAAGAGUACUUUUGCUCACACUGCAAAGCAGAGUGGACGGCUAUGGAAGUUCUGGACAACGUUGGCCCAGAGGGAUUCUUGUGCCAUCGAUGCGCGCAUGUUCUUACCUUCGAAGCCGACCGAACAUCCACCGGUCAUGAGCAGUCAACACGUCUUAACGACCAGUUCAAAUUCAUCAGCGAACUAUUACCCAAAAUCGACGCAGUGCACAUCCCCGAAUGCGACUUCGAUCGCGCGCUUGCCAAAGCACGCCCAGUGAAGCGUGACGAGACACACCAGCGCGCCCAGACUAUUGCAGCAGACUCUGGCGCGAACAGGCCCAUGGCAGUUAAGGGCUUGACCAAUACAGGACCGCAGUCUAUCGCAGUCAACAUCUCAACAUCCGAUGGGCCAUCGGAGAUCGAGAAAGCAGCAGAACAGGCGCGCAAGGAGAAGAUUGCCAAGCAAAAUGCGCUGCCAGCCUGGAUGUCCAACAGUACAGUGACUGGUGACUCUUUCACAGCCAGUGACACCCCGGGCACUACUAAAACUGCUAAGAAGGAUGUGGGCAAGGACGCAGGAAAGACUGAACCUGUCCAAGCCAACGCUCAGAUCGACGACAUAUUCGAGAGAUUGAAAGCCGAACAAGCUGCAGAGCUAGCCAAACAGCAAGAAGAGGAAGAAGAAGAUGAGGAGGACGAAGAUGAAUUUGAAGACGUGCUAAGUCGCGAUACCCCAGUGACACCAGCGAUCAAAAGAGAGUCCCCUGGAGACUCAGAAGAGCCACAAGCAAAGCGUGUUAAGGUUGAACCUGAAGUUAAGAAGGAGGAAGAGGAAGAAGAUAGCGAAGAAGAGAUCGAGUUUGAAGAUGUAUGA